AUGAAAGUAGAAAGCUGCCCCGGUUUUCUAUUGUUGCUUGGCCACCUCCUUGAGUCACGGUGAUUUAGCAGUGAUUUGUUUACAAUCUCUCAUGGCUCUGGGGGUCAACUGGGCUCAGCUGAGUGGUUCUCAGUUGGGGCCUCUGCUGCAGUUACCAUCAGAGAGUGGCUGGGAGCCACGUCAUCCAAAGGCUCAAUUGGGCUGAGGGGCUCCCCGACUGGCCUGCCAGCAGGCGGUGCACUGUAUCUGCCUGGUAUCUCAGCAAGAAUUCUCAACCAGCCCACCACACUGACUUCCUCAAAGUUUAUAUUGGGUGUUACUUUAGGGUUAACAAAGCAUUUACUGUCACUUCAACUUUGCCGAUAAUUUCAAAAGAUGACACCCAGAUGACCAAUGUCACUGAUGAGUGUCUACAGUGGUAACGGUGGGCAGGCAGCCACAGGUUCGCACAUGCUGCAUAAACAAAUCACUUACUAUCUUUUCAACUUUGCUGAUAAUUUCAAAAAAAGGACUGACUGCCAGAUGACCAACGUCCACAAGGCAAUGCGCCAUGGCCUCCAGUGUGUGUGCCGUGGCCUCCUGCGUAGCUUGGGCUUCUCAACCCAGCAUGAAGGCUGCAUCCCUGCAUGCAUCACGAUGGUCCAGGCAGAGCUGAAGGGCUCCUUAGGACACAGCACCAGAAGUAGCAGAUGGUGACUUUCGCCAUAUUUCAUUGGUCAAGCAAAUCACAAAGGCCAAUUCAGAUUCAAGAAGACGGAGUCAGAUCUGACCUGCAAGUGUGCAGAGGCUGUUUGUGAAUUAAAGGCAAUCACAAGAAGAAGGGUCCAGGUCACCAUGAUCAGUGAGGCUCGUCUGGCAGGCCUUGCCUUGGCAGCACCAGCAAACCACCUGGCUGCAGAAAGGCUCAAGUUCCAUCCACAGAAAUAGUGCGAAUUGUGGCACUGUGGACUCCCACAGUGGCUGACAAGUAUUAGACACAGGGGUUGCUAAGUCAGUGAGGCCCAGGGAACAGGGAAGGCUAGGGCGGGGCUGAUAGCGCUGGCAGCCACAGUCAUCGUGGACAUUAUUCACCUGGGUGUCAGUCACCUUUUGACAUAUCAGCAAAGUUGAAAAUAUAGUCAAUGCUUUGUUAACUCCUAAGGAAACACUCAAGGUGAGCUGCAAGGAAGUCCAUUUGACAAAAAGGCUGUUUCUGUACAUAAUUGCUGCUUGAGAUUUUACAAUGUGUCUACUCACACAGCCAACACAUAUUUCCUAAGUAUGCCCGUUUCCUUUUAAACUCUUCUUCCCUUCCAGGGGAACCAGUUUGCACUCCCUGCUGCAUCUGUGUGGCCAGAGGAUGCCCCUUCUUCCUAAGCGUCUAGGAUCCCGCAGUUCUAGGCUAUGCCUUUUCACACCAGUGGUGAGGCCCCGCACCUGGAAACGGUCACGGGACCCAUUCUGAGCUGUACCUGUGUCCUCUGCAGGGUUACAGCCAGAGGCAGAUGGCUUUCCUAGAAAUGCCUUGAUGUGAGUUUUAAAGCAACUCCUUAUGACUAUUAUCUGAAUUUACCAAACUCUCCCUGGCUUUUGCUCAGAAUGAACUUUUGAUGUUUACUGUCGAAUUUUCCGACUGGAAAAUUAUUCUUGUGAAACAUGUGACUGUAAACCACACUCCUCGCGCUUUGCGCACCUCACUGCGUCCAUGCAAAUGAACAGUGUGAUUUCAAAUUUGAGGAAGGUUGGAUGAGAGUGAGACCUAAGAGGAUCUUUAAUGUGGGGCGUUUUUAGAGAGGGAAAAAUGAAACGGGUCUCGGCUUUCUCAGGGUGACAUAUAAUUUGGAUUUGACUUGGAAAUAGGGAAGACAUAUGGGGCAAAGCACAUGAGAAGCAUCGCAGAGGCCAGUGCCACUUGGGGCAUCCGUUUCAGGUCUCAGGCUGGGAGCUGGUCAGCAGCAGGGUUCCAGUCUCCAUCCACUGCCUUCCCCUCUGGGGCUCGGAGGGAGGCGUAGGGAGGAGGUCGUUCUUGGAGACCCCCAGAUCCCUGCCUCUGUGAGUCUAACUGAAGGGGCCCCCACAGUGGCCGAGUCUCUUUGUUCUGUCAGGAAGGGGGUGUUUUUGUUCAACACGUGGCCGCACGAUGUGGUUUUGUUCAAUACGUUACAUUUCUGCUUAAUUAACGUUCAUUUUUGUUCCCCGGCAAAAUCCAGUCUGUUUUUCCCUUUUCUUUCCAGGCAGGCAUUAAAGGGCUAAUCAUCUAUAAAAGGGCCAGUGUUAGAGGCACCUGAGAAACCAGGAGGUGUGUGUGCCCCCAUGGGGGAUCUUUCUACCGGAAGCAGAAGCAUCAGGGGCGAAGUGGAAGUGAGGUGGAGGGAUGGAGCCGAGGUAGCAGGGGAGGGGUUGGUAGAGCAGAGGGGAGCACCUUGCUUUGCCCUCCUUCCAGUAAUCAGCAGGUUUCGGGUUGGGAUGAACUUUGGGGGAGCAGCACCCCAUGACUCCGCUCAGCUGGAAAAGGGACAGGUGACCCAGGCUGAAAGAAGUGGUGAGAUCUGUUAGAGGAAAACAACCAGGACUUAGUGAGGAGAGGCUUUGCUGGGAAGGAUUGCUGUCAGGCAGGAAAGGGAGGACCCCAUGACCAUAGGGCUGCAAAUGCCUCAAACGGAAAAGGCCCUUCUUUUAUCCAGUAAGGAGGAGCCACCGGGGCCAGCAAGCUCUUUGGAGGGGACCCGGGAGAAGCCUAGGAAAAUGGCCAGUGGGGUUGAGCAGGACAUAGGCCCUGCUGUGUCCAGCUGGCUCCCCGGGGAGAUGACCAGGGGUGCGCUCCAGGUCCUCAGGACUCACUCAGGAUUGGGAACUCGGAGCUCAGGGCUCAGCAGGAAGCAGAGACCCGGGCGACGUGUGGUCGGGACAGGGCAGGGCUGGGAAGUGGCAAUGUGGCCUUCUGGGCAGUCGGGGUGGGGAGGACGCACUUUUCUCUGUGAGGCAGAGAAAGUGAGUCCAUCCAGCUGGCUGUAUGUUGGUCAUGAGUCUGUUUGUAAAUUUUUUGUCAUUUCCUGAGAUGUGGUUCACAGCAACCCAGGUGUGAACAGCUUUAUGAUUCUAGGGUUCUUUUCUAUUUUUUAACCACUUGCAUCUAACAAUAAAUUUCUGAGUGACUUGUCAUCAGCUGCUUUCCUUGAUAUGUCUAAUGACUGGGCAGUGACCCCCAUUAUCACCCAGAGAGGAUGCCUCUGUGCCACAUAAAGAUUAGGUGCCCCGCCUUUGAUCAAGGGACUCCUCUGAGGGUCUCAGAGAAUCCAGUAAUAACAGCUGAUAAGCAUGGAGAACCACCUUUCCUCCAGGCACUGUUCCUCGGCUUUGUGGACGGGCCUGGCUAUUUCUCAGAACCCUCUGAGGUUAUAACUGUGAAGGUCUUUCUUUUGAAAGAGGAAACCGGGGCUUGCUGAGGCUCAGUGGUCCUUCUGUGGCUGUAUAGCUUUCAGGGUGGGGCCAGAACUCACUGACUCUGCACAAAAGUGCUCCCAACCCUGCCCAUUAUCUCACAUGGCCUCUUGCAAACGUCCCCAGAUCUUCCCAGUCGGCUUGCAGGGGCUCCUGGCUCCCAGGGGAGAACCAGGUAAAGGAGUGUGGAAGUUUGUCUACAAACUCAUUACUGCAAAUUGAAAACAUCGCAAAGCCUCUCUUGCUCUGGAGAGCUACACCGCCUCCCGCUUUCUCAUCACUUUCCCAUUGGUUGGAAUUUGAUUCCAGGGAUCUCAGGGUUACUCAAUACCCUACAGGAUACACAUGGUUAACCAUUUGCAUUUGGCCAAAUAGGCGUUACUUUUCAAUAGGAAGUGGCAAUCCAGAACUUGCUUUUGGCCAGUUCUAGUAGCUCACAGCUUUUCUUUUUAAAUAACCACUAGAAGUUGCCUCUUAUUGACAGAUGGUCAUCACCUUGGUGACCUGGAGUUGUCACACUGGGGCCCGGAGCGGCUGAAGGGAGGGGAUCAGAGCGCUGCCUGUGAGUUCCUUCCACUUUUCUGCUCCCUCUGCCUGUGAGCUGAAGGGGCUGAGCCGCACACUCCUUUUUCUAUAUCCAGCCUGCAUUUUGUUUCUGCCCACAAUGUGCGAGGAAUUAGUGAAUGUCAGCGAUGCUUUCGACUCCACUGAAGAUUGUGUUUUUAUGUCAGUCAAUACUACAUAUUAUGACUUACCUGAUCCUGAAAACUUGGUGUGCUCCUUGCAGGAGGUCAGGGACUUCUCCAGGCUAUUUGUACCAAUUGCCUACUCCUUGAUCUGUGUCUUUGGCCUCCUGGGGAAUAUUCUGGUGGUGAUCACCUUUGCUUUUUAUAAGAAGGCUAGGUCUAUGACAGACGUCUAUCUCUUGAACAUGGCCAUUGCAGACAUUCUCUUUGUUCUUACUCUCCCAUUCUGGGCAGUGAAUCACGCCACCGGUGCGUGGGUUUUCAGCAAUGCCAUGUGCAAGUUGAUGAAAGGCAUCUAUGCUGUCAACUUCAACUGCGGGAUGCUGCUCCUGACUUGCAUUAGCGUGGACCGGUACAUGGCCAUUGUACAGGCAACUAAGUCGUUCCGGCUCCGAUCCAGAACACUACCGCGCAGCAAAGUCAUCUGCCUUGCUGUGUGGGGAGUGUCGGUCAUCAUCUCCAGCUCAGCUUUCAUCUUCAACCAGAAAUACAACACCCAAGGCAGCGAUGUUUGUGAGCCCAACUACCAGCCUGUCUCGGAGCCCAUCAGGUGGAAGCUGCUGAUGUUGGGGCUUGAGCUACUCUUCGGUUUCUUUAUCCCUUUGGUGUUCAUGAUAUUUUGUUACAUGUUCAUUGUCAAAACGUUGGUGCAAGCGCAGAAUUCUAAAAGACACAAAGCCAUCCGUGUGAUCAUAGCCGUGGUGCUUGUGUUUCUGGCUUGUCAGAUUCCUCAUAACAUGGUCCUGCUUGUGACGGCUGCAAAUUUGGGUAAAAUGAACCGAUCCUGCCAGCAUGAAAAGCUAAUGGGCUAUACGAAAACCAUCACAGAGGUCCUGGCUUUCCUGCACUGCUGCCUGAACCCUGUGCUCUAUGCUUUCAUUGGGCAGAAGUUCAGAAACUACUUUCUGAAGAUCAUGAAGGACCUGUGGUGUGUGAGAAGGAAGCACAAGUCCCCAGGCUUCUCCUGUGCCAGCAGGUACUCAGAAACCUUCAUCUCCCGGCAGACCAGCGAGACUGCAGAUAAUGAAAACGCGUCCUCCUUCACGAUGUGACGUGCUGUGUGACAGAAAGCCGAGUUUCCCUAAGGCAUUUGUGAAACAUACUCAUCGAUAUUAUGCAAAAAAAAAAAAAAAAGUCUGUGGCCGAACACACAUGGAAAAUGUGGGAAUUAAGCAAAAUCAGGCAAGCGUCUCUCCUGCAGGACUGAACGUGCUCAUGGGCUGUGUGGUCACUUCAGGGUGGUAGUGGUUUUCUGACUGGUAGCAUUUUUCAGCACACUUUGCAAGGAAUGUUUUGUAGCUCUGGAGUAUAUAUAGGCCUGGUGUUUCACUAGACAGCCUUUGGGAAAUGCCGAAUUAAAGUGAAUUGUUGACCAAUGUAAAAA